UGAAACGGCGCGGCAGUUAGGGCGCUGUGAUGCUAUUGCAAGCCUGAAAUGUGAGAAGGUAUGGAGAAAUGGGAUGCAUCGUACCCGGUAAUUCUACGCUAUUUGCUAAUUUAAGGUAGAUUCCAUGGUCUACGGGAGGCAAACGUAGCGCACAGCAGGGUAGCAUGACUCUGACCAGGGGACCCUUCACCUACGCCAGUGGGGAAGAGUAUCAUGGAGAGUGGAAGGAAGGUCGGAGGCACGGCAUUGGCCAGCUCAAGUUCCAGGAUGGGAGCUGCUUCACGGGCCAGUUCCAGAAUGGACUCUUUCACGGUUCUGGCGUUCUGCUGUUUACAGACGGAUCAAGAUAUGAAGGAGAAUUUGCCCAGGGAAAGUUCCAAGGCACAGGAGUCUUCGGUCGCUAUGAUGGCAUGAUGUUUGAGGGGGAAUUCAAAAGCGGACGUGUUGAAGGAUACGGGCUGCUGACCUUCCCAGACGGGGCUCACGGUGUACCGCGGAACGAGGGUCUGUUCAAGAACCACAAGCUCCAAAAGAGGGAGAAGUGUCCCGGGGUGGUUCAGAGAGCCAAGGCCUCAGCCGGCACUGCCCGCAGCCUGGCACUAUGACCCUGAGCUCCACCCCCACCGGCUCCACCAGCCUGGCACUAUGACCCUGAGCUCCACCCCCACCGGCUCCACCAGCCUGGCACUAGGAGCCAGGGGCGUUACAGCACCUUUCAGCAGGGCCUCAGGGAUGAACACCUUAACUUGAGCUUUUCUACUGCUCCCUCUAUCUUUCUCACACUUUCUCUCUUUUUAUCUCUCUCUCUGUCGCUCUCUCUUUUUUUUUAAUCUGCCUCUGCUCCUUGCUUUAGCUCUGCCUUCACGAUGGCUUUGAAUGCAUCUCACGCGCCUUGUGAACACAUAACCGACGACAGUAUGAUUGGUUCUAAAUGCACAAUUUCAUAUUGAUUUCCUUCAUCUUGUUCAUUGUGCUGCUGGAAGAAGCAUGUACGCACUAGAAGCUGUUGUGCCGCUUCUCAAACAGGAUGUUUAAUGUAUCUCAGAACCGUCUUUAGCCUCUACCAUAUCUGAUAGUUUGCAUUCGUAGCAGACGACGAGAUCGUGCUAUGUGUCUGAUGUUACAGAUACGAGAUCGUGUUAUGUGUCUGAUGUUACAGAUACGAGAUCGUGUUAUGUGUAUGAUGUUACAGAUACGAGAUCGUGUUAUGUGUCUGAUGUUACAGAUACGAGAUCGUGUUAUGUGUCUGAUGUUACAGAUACGAGAUCGUGUUAUGUGUCUGAUGUUACAGAUACGAGAUUGUGUUAUGUGUCUGAUGUUACAGAUAUUGAGUCACUGAAUCGAAGAACAACCAAACCUUGACCAAAAGCAAAACAGAAAACGCAAAUAACGGUCAGCAUUAUCAACAGUUACUGCUUCUUAAUGUCUCAUCAGACAGUGUUUAUCGCUGAAGACGUCACCCUCCAACCAAUGUACUUGAUUGGGUCAGGAGGGAGAGCGGUUGAGGGGUUAGGGUGCUGUUAUUUGUGGCGUGGAUAGGAAUAGGAAAGAAUGUCUGAAAAUCAAUAGACGCUCAUCACCGUCACAGCUCCUCCCUGGAGGCUGGAGGAAGGAAGCACAGGCCAGGACUGUCAUACUAAUGGCAGCCCAGCUCAUGUGUUGGUUUCCAUGUGUUGGAGAUCAACCGACAUUCGAGCAAUCUCUGAAAGAGGGCUUACGAGCUACCGAUAAGAUCGCAGCUCCGGCAACCCAAGUCCAUCCAACUAUGCUGUUCAUAAAGCAGUUAUUGCAAAAAAAAUUACAUUUCAAGCUAAUGGAUUGAAAGGGUUAUAUAUGUUUACAUAAUUGAAAGAAAAAAUGUCUGUUAGUGGCAUGGACCUGAGUUAAGGCAGUUAAAAGUAUAAUAUAUGUGUCGGCACAUUUAAUCCCAAAGUAUUUAGUAUUCCGUGUAGUGCUUAUUUAUAUCAAAUUCGUCUGGUGGCUUAUUUUUACCGACUUGAUAACUGUUGUUUUAAAUCGAUCGCAGUGCUCUGUUAUGAUCAAAAGUGUACAAGAGUGGAUUUGAGUAUUGUAGAAUUGUAUUGAGUCGUUUAUCAUCACAAAUAUUCUGUGAUACCAAAUUAAUUCAGUGUACUUGAAUAGUUAAACAGCCUUAAAUAAAUAAUGAACCGAUCAAUAUCAAUACUCAGUAGGGCUCAUUUGCUUGCUUUGCCCCCUGGAUGCUGCACUCCGCUGCAAUGUAAACUACACUCAAAACACUCACAGAAGGGAAAAACCCUGAAUGCAACAACACUACUCAAUUCUACGUUAAUACUUGAAAUUUGCUGUAAAGAAUGUACAAUAGAUGCGUAUGUGUUUUUCUAGAAGUGUAUUGGAUUGUUUUUAUCAAGGAUAACCAUCUCUUUUUCUUUGCCUUUGCAUCCCUGUUUGAGCAAAAAAAACAAACAUCUAUUGAACCUCUAUUCUAACAGGGUGCGACAUACACACUCACACACUGUCUUCUGAAAAAUUACACUUGGUGCUUUAGACGCGUGCCUGUCCAGACUUUGACCUGCCUUGAAAUAGCAUUGCCAUGGUUACAUUUUUUCUCCUGUAACAUCAGUGUUGCUUUGAAUGUACCUAGAAAAAAAGUGCAGAAUAUCAGCUGCAAUAUGCCUGCUAUACCAGAUAUAUAUCGUUCAUGUGUUUAAUAAAAUAUUGUGUGUGUUAAAAUA